AUGGCGCCAACUAGCUUCCCAGAGCGUCUUUUGAAGCAAUGGUUUCCCCACACAACAACCCCAUUCAUCGCGAACGCACCAAUGCUUGGAUUCACGGAUUGUCGCCUGGCCGGUGCUGUCACCAGAGCUGGCGGAUUAGGCUUCAUCGGGGGCGGGUUUGAAUUCGGACCCGAAUCAACACAGCUCAAGAACCUAGAUACACGUCUGACACAAGCGCGUGCUGAGCUUGGGACCAUCGCUUCAACACGAACCCUGCCUCUUGGCAUUGGAUUCAUCACGUUCACACCAACAGGAUUCGAAGAAAAUGCCGUUGCCAUUCUCGAAAAGCAUAGGGUCGCAGCGGUUUGGUUGUCAUUCCCCAAAUCAGACGCUGAUCAUCAACCUCUCAUCGAGGCAAUACGCAAAGUGCAGAGCAAGGGUCAUUGGGAUGUCAAGAUUUUUGUUCAAGUCGGCACUGUCCAAGCCGCUAAAGAGGCCCUGGAGCAGGGAGUUGAUGUCUUGGUUGUUCAAGGUGUUGAUGCAGGAGGACAUCAGUGGGCUCAGGGGGCAAGUUUGAUGUCGCUUUUGCCUGAAGUACGAGAUCUUGUGGCAAAUAGUGCGAGAGCAAAUGAGGUUGCGAUUAUGGCUGCAGGUGGUAUUGUAGAUGGACGAGGGUGUGUGGCUGCUCUGGGGCUAGGUGCCGAUGGCAUUGUUAUGGGAACGAGGUUCAUUGCUACCUCGGAAUGCCCAGCUCCUCUCUCUAUGAAGGAGUCGAUCAUCGCUGCUACUGACGGCGGCGUCGCGACCGUCAAGACAACCAGGCACGACAUCUUCCAGUCUACCGAUGUGUUUCCAAGACAGUAUGAUGGACGGGCUAUUAUUGGAAUUAGCUAUAAUGAGUCUCAAAGCGGCGCUAGCGAUGAAGAUAUUAUCCAAAGAUACAACGAGGCCAAGGAGAAGGGCGAUGAUCAGAGGCGCACCGUGUGGGCAGGCACAGGCGUGGGAAUUAUUGACAAGAUUGUAUCGGUUGAGGAGUUGAUCAAGAGUAUACAGCAGGAAGCAAAUCUGGCCGUUGCACGGGUUAUGGAGAGGAUCUAG